AUGGUACCAAGACUUCCCGAAGAUAUCCUCAAAGAAAUUUUUGAGAAAUUGGAAGACGAAACUGGCUCACUUUUUUCUUCAUUAUUGGUUAAUCGACUUUGGUGUUUAAAUGUUAUACCAAUUUUAUGGAAAAAUCCAUUAAAAAAUCAAUUUAAAAAAGCCGAUGAAAAUUUAUUAACUUGUCAACUUCGUUGUACAUUACUUUUACGAACUUUACUUUCUUGUUUAUCAGAAGAUUCAAGAAAUUUAUUAUCUGAAAAUAGACUUGAAUUACCAUUUAAAAUCUCUCAACGUGCACUUUUUGAUUAUCCAAUGCACUGCAAAAAUUUAAGAACUUCUGAUGUUAGUAUGCUUGUUUGGAGUGUUGUAGAAAGAAAACAAAUUUCUGGUCAACGUGGAAAAUUUUUAUUCUUCGUUUUGGAACAAGAACUUUAUAAACUUUUCUUUUCUAGAAGUUCGGCUAUUCAACAAUUCACUCUUUGUACAAUGUUACAUUCUAUUCAACUUUUUCCUGGUGCAAAUAAUUCUUUAGCAAAUUUAUCUGUAUUAAGAUGCAGUACAGAAAGUCAUGAAUCUUUCUUUUUUGGUUUGGCUCAAAUUUGUGAAAGGAUCAAAGUUAUUAUUGUAGAUUUUUGCGAUAAAGAUAAUGAUGGUUUGAAUUUCUUAAUUUGUGUUCAGAACGGUGUGAGUUGUUUUGAAUGUAAACAUGGAAGAAUUCAAGGUCAAGAAAGUCAAUGUCCUAACCUUAAUAUUGCUCUACAAACACAAGCUCAUUCAUUAAAAAAACUUGAUAUAAUAGAUAAUAUGGGUGGAAUUUCUUUGAACACUAUAUGUGCUUUCGUCAACUUACGAUCCUUAAAAUUUACGAUCUCGGAUGAAUUAUCGGAUGUUGUUGUCAAUAAUUUGAAAAAUGCUUAUAUUCCUAAUUUGGAAACUUUAGAAGUUCGUGGUGAACCAAUUUCUGUAAAAGUUUUAUCAUCUUUAAUUAAAAAUACACGAGGAAAUUUUCAAAAACUUCAUAUAUAUGGAUGGAGACCUAGUGCUGAUGAUAAUCUUGGUAGUCUUUUACCUAUCUUGAGAAAAUAUUGCCCAAAAUUAAGAUCAUUAAGUACCUGGAUUGGAGAAGACGAUCUAAUAAAUCUCGAACUCUUAUUAAAUUUUUGUCAUGAAUUAGACAGCAUUUUUUUACGAGUAUAUUCUAAUGAACUUAUGUCACGAUAUGGAAUCUUUAAUUUACUCAAAAGAGCGAAUCCGAUAAAUUUACGCAAAUUGAAGUUGGAACACAUAUUUUUAUUAGACGAGGAAGAAGGACUUGAAAUGUUUCUUAAAAGUCGGAAAACCAAGAACCCGUUAAUCUUGGAAAUUGUUGGAAAUUUAAUUUCUCAAGAUUCUUCAGAAAUUAUUUCAAUUUGUAAAUUUAAUGGUGUGUUAAAAGAUGCAAAGUUGUUAUGCUUCGGUGAAGAUUCUGCACCAGAUCAACAAACUCCACAUUGGAAAAUUGAUGUAAUUAUUUAA